UAUAAUUUUCAUCAUUGAAUUUGCUUUGAUAACUGGCUUAAAAUGCAUUGGUAAUGUUAAUGAUUUUAAAUAUGAAGAUUCUUCUACGAGUAGGCUUAUGAAAAGGUAUUUUCCACAAUCGAUCAAUGGUGUAGAUAAGGAGGCAUUGAUGGAAUGUUUUUUGAAGGAAAAUUUUGAAAACAAAGAGGACGCCCUCCAGAUGGCAAUUCUAUAUUUCAUACACACCUUUUAUCUACUCACAGCUAGAUGCUUCUCCCAUGCCAUUUUAUGAUUUCAAAAUGGUUGAAGAUGAAAAAUAUCAAUUAUUUCCUUGGGGUAAAGUGUCUUACUCCAGAUUGAUGGCCUCACUUAGGAAAGAAUUUUCAAUGGAGAAGCAGCUUUAUAGGUUAGGUGGUAUCCCACAAGUUCUUAAUGUGUGGAUGUUUGAACUUUGUUUCAAUGUUGAUAUGAAAGUUGCGGUUAAGAAGGAAAAUAACAUACCUUGCAUACUGAAUUGGAGGGGUAUUAUAAUCCGGCCUCAGUUUAACCAAUUUAUGACCAGAAUGUUUAUUAAGUGUUCAUAUGCCAACAUUAUUCCUACUGCGGACGAGAUUGAAAAACUUGAUUUGGGACGCAAUAGUUUUGCAUGUGAUCACCAUGAUACAUCUUCAAUGCCUUCUUCAUCUUUUAAUCAACAUCAGAAGAGUUGCAGAGCGAAUUUACCCCAAGUUACCGAAGACCAUGACAAUUUUGUUGACUUCAGUUCUACUCCACCACAAUUCUUGAUGAGGGGGUUGAUACAUGUUUCUAGUACAAUAUCUACAGCUAUGAGAAAGACUGAAACAAAUGUUACGACUGGAAGAAGAACAGAUAAAAAAAAAACCACAGUUUAGUAACGUAGCUAGAAA